AUGACGCCCACGCGUCGCGAUCUCCUCCACAAGGACCACUUCGCGUUCGUGUUUGGAGGUGUGAAGACCCAGAGCUACUCGGACCCAGCCGCCAAAGGCCCUGGCUCUCACACCAUCCGCACACUUGCCUGGAACCCGACCGGGCAACUGAUUGCCACAGGGUCGGCAGACAGAACAUUGCGAAUUUGGAACCCAGAUCGCCCGAAUUUCCGCUACUCCACCGACUUGCGCGGUCACACUGGUGCCAUUGAGAAGGUCCUGUUUAAUCCAGUCCGCGAUGCAGAGCUGGCGAGCUGCUCGGCCGAUGGUACAGUGCGCUUUUGGGAUGUGCGCUCCAAGACUUGCGUGAGCCGAUUGGAUGUUGGAGUGGACGCCUUUACUAUGUCUUGGUCCGCUGAUGGUAGCACAAUGAUUGUUGGAAAGAAGGAUGAUACCUUGAUCCCCAUUUCAGUCAAAUUCCCCUCUGCCCCAACCACCCACCCCGAUGGUGCCAGAGCUCUAAAUCUUCCAUCUUCCAGGCCUGGCGCAACUACAUACACCGCGCUCGAUCCUCAUCCUCAAUCCGUUCAGACAAAUGCCACUACUUUCUCCUGGUGUAUGCCCACACCCGAGCGCCCUGAGCAACAGGUGUUUGUCACAACGGGUGAAGGCAAGGUCAAGGUCAUGUCAUACCCUUCCUUUGACGUGAUGCACACCUUGAACGCACACACUUCGUCCUGUCUUUCUAUCGCACUCGCUCCAACAGGCCGGUACCUCGCGGUGGGAGGGAGUGAUGCUCUCAUCUCUCUUUGGGACACGACAGACUGGAUCUGUCGCCGCACACUCUCCAGCGAGAACGGUGGCGCAAUUCGAGGCGUGAGUUGGAGUUUCGACGGCCGCUUCGUCGUGGGUGCAUGUGACGAACCUGGCUGCGGUGGUAACGGUCUGGAGAUCUUCCACGCAGAGUCAGGCGACAGCAUCCACACAAUCCCAACUGCCGGGCACAAUGCUGGUGUUUCGGCGGUUGCUUGGCAUCCAUCCAGAUAUUGGUUAGCCUACUCAACUACCACCGAUGGACCAGGUAGCUCCAAUUCGGGUGGUUUAAAGAUUGUUGGUGCUGCUGGCGGCGGUCUUUGA